AUCAUAUAAUAUUUAUAAUGCAGUUUCGAGAAUUUUUCGGGCGUUACAUACUAUGAUGAACUAGUAUAUGGGUAUGCUAUUUGGUGGUUACCCUUGGAUGAGGAUUCCCUGAGUUGAGUAGGAAAUUUGGGGACCAAAUUUUUAUUAGUGGGGGAGAAUGUAAAAUACGAUACCCAAAUAAUAGAUGAAUAAUAAGGUUAAUGAGCAAAUAAUCCUAUUGGAAUUUUUAGGAAUUUAUAGAAAUUUUCUUGAAAUUAAUUGGAUCUCGUAUGAUGCAGGUUAAGGAGAUCAAUUAUUGGGCCAGAGAAAGUCUGUUUAUGUUACCCGAUUUAAACGAGGAAAUGUUUAAUUUCCUUAAAUCUUUUCUUUUCCCUCUGCUUUAAAAACUUUCUCGUGCCCUAACCUCAGACGUUGAUCCUCUUCCUUCCUGAGCCGCACCGCCGAACUCUUCCCUUCCUCCCCUCUUGUCAUCGCUGAUCCCUUUUUCCUACUCGACGCCAACGCCAUGAGGGAGAUGGUAGCCGGCGGCUGAGCACUACAUCUUCCUCUUCAUCGAGCUGCGCCACCAGCCGUUGUCGCUCGCCACUACCGUGCCCUAGCCGCCUCCUCGCGAUUGCUGCCCCUACGCGACCACCGCGACCUCGCAACCGUCGAAUCGUGCGAUCGCCGCCUCCACACGAUCGCCACCUCCUCGCGAUCGCCACCUCCGCGCGACCGUCGCGUCCUCGCGACCGUCGCGUCCUCGCGACCGUCGCGUCCUCGCGACCGCCGAGCCCGUGCGACGUUCAUGUCCGCAGGACCGCGACACCAUCCGGUUAGCGAGCGGUUGCUGCCAUCCCACCGCCACCAUCGUUGCCACGCGCUGCCAGCCACCGUGAUCAGAUGUCCUGUAGUCCUCGCGUGCUCGCGUCGAAGUAGCCCUGCUGCCGCUGUGCUCCACCUCCAUGGAGCAUUGCUGUGCCUCCGGUGGUCAGCGCCGCUGAAUGGUCCAACCGCGACGGCGACAAACCCAUUAGUUUCAAGGAGUUCAAGGUCAUGCCCGUGCUUGCGUUACCCUCGCCAUCGAAAUCCACGGGCGUUGAUUCGAGACAAGCGUCUCGACGUUGGAUUGGUUUGAUACGAUCUUCUUUUAAGG